AUGGGUUUUACACAAAUUUACAUAUCAGUCCUCAUCAUAGUAACAUUAACAUCGCAAUCAGCAAACGCUGCGUUUGCCAGACAAGCUCCUGUGGCGGCAAUGCUCGACGAUAUACUAUCGCCAACGAACGCCGAGAGAGCGUUAAAAAUACUAUCUUUGGCAGCUCGUGGCGUAAACAGAGCGAGAUCUGCCAACUUCGAUGAGAUAGCAGUGCCAAGAUAUCCUAUUCCGCCAAAUGCGAAACUUCUGUCAGAGCUUCUGCAGCGAAGCAGAGUGCCUGUACCUCGUCCGGCGCCGCCAGUAGAAGUGGUGCAGCGACCGCCGGAGAUAUACCAGUCUUUCGUUACGGAGAGAGUUUAUCCUAGCGUGCCAGUCCCGCAGCCCUGCCAGACGCCAGUGGUGAGGGCCGUACCAGAGGUGUAUCCUGCCGCGCCUGUGCCAAUGGUGAACCCGUUCUUGCCCGCGGCGUCGCCUGUGUCGGCAAUUGCCCCGCCAACUUCAAGUCUCCUUCCACCGAUGGACCCGACGCAAGUCAGGAGUCAUUUUCUAAGGAAGAUUCCAAUACCGCCACCUUCGUUGUAA